AUGGCCAGCUGUGACAGGAGGAGUGGUGUCGCAUUAGACGCAGGGAACUUGGUUGGGGAAGCUCUGGCGUGCGUAGCGCGAGGGGAGCAGUGCAGAAGUGCGGAAGUGCACAAGUUCAAAGGUGCAGACCGACAGGGGCCCCAUGGAGGCGACGGGGCGAUGGCAACUGCGUCGACGAGUGGCAUCUCGCCGUUGCGGCUUGGCGCGCAUAGGAAGGCAGCCGAGCUGGAGUCGCCUCGAGCCCACAGUCCACCAGAACCAGCCAAGGCUACCACGGGACAGUGCGCACCACAGUACGCGCAUCCAUGA